CCGCGACGGGCAAUACGCGCGCGCUCGACCCGUUCAAUACACUCGCGACCGUUCGCGACGCACAGUCUCGCGCGUCUCAGUUCUCGCGUCGAUCCGUCCUCGCCAUCCGACUUCCACGCGCGGUCCGUACAAAUCGUUCACAAAAACACAGCAACGUUCACCGAAUAAUACCCGUGUCGUCCGCCGGCCGCAUCUCCCGGAACACACCCUCGGCCGUGACCGUUCCACUAGAUCAUGAAAGGGUGGAGAUUGGUCGUGCUCCUUUGCACGGCCUUGUUAUGCGAACCAGUGAGGCCACAGGAAAAAUGGAGCCGACCUGAUCAACCAUCAAAACGAAUCGAUGAUUGGGUACCAAUUACGGCGAGUUGCCCAUCGUGCAAAAAAAAUCUGGAGCCCAACGAGGCUACGGGUGGUGGAGAUGAAAUCGGUAGUUUAUUGAAUCCGCCAGCAGCUCCGUCUGCCCGUGCGUUUAAUUUUAACUCCAAACAAAACAGUUUCAACCGAGCUCCGUCUGGUGAACCAUAUGAAAUCACUACACCACCGGCUACGUCGGGUCAAUUUUUCAGUCAACAGCAAGCACCGAAAAUACCGCAACCCGUGCACUUCCCAGUGCCGUUUUUCGGUCAACCGAAUCCGUUUCAGACAAGAUUCCAAGGGGUUCCCAACUUCACACCACAGUUUACGUUCAUACCGCAACAGCCCCAGCCUCAACCAAAAGAGAACAAAGUAACGUUUCCUGAAUCUCCGUUCAUUCAACAACAAAACAAGGGAUCAGUACAGCUUGUAUACGUACCCAUUGAAGCACUGCAAAGACAAAAACCUAGAUUGCAAGUCGAUAGACCAUUACAGCAACAAUCACAAUUGGAUAUAAAAUCACAAUCACCUUUUGAGACUGGUAAAUUAAAGUUCCAACGACCACCACAACCAUUCGAUCCACCUCGGUUUCCAAGCGCCCAACAAUUUGAACAAGAUCCUAAUCGUUUUGCACCCCCGCCACCACCAUCAUCUUUUGAACAAGACACUAGUCGUUUCCCACCACCAUCGCAGUUAUUCGGACCAGAAAAACCAGCUUUUCCCAAUCAAUUAAAAGAACAGCGUCCUGAAUUUUUGCCUCAAAACGAACAACCAGCUUCCCCGCAAUCCUAUCAGUUUGUAGAGGAUUCCCGAAACCCAUCUUCCAACUUUUUCCAGUUCCAUGACAAUAGAUUUCAAAAACCUUCUUUCGGCGAAGAAAAACCAAAGGAUUUCAAGCCGCAGGUUCAACAAUCUUUUGCGCCAAAUAUUGAUGAAUCAAGACAGGAAUCUUCACAAAGUUUCGUGUCAAACUUUGAUGAAAAUAGUCCAAGACAAGGACCACCUCCACAAAAUGUCCAACAAAAUUUCCAAGAAAUAAGACCCAGGCAAGAACCACGACCACAAAAUGGUCCAUCGUCUAGUUUCCAAGAAACAAGACCAAGGCCAGAACAACGACCCAAGAAUGUACAAUCAAAUUUCCAAGAAACCAGACCAAGACAAGAACCACCAUCACCACCACAGUUUGUUCCCAAAUUUGAAGAACCAAAAUUAGAACCCCAACAACAGUUCAUUCCUAAUUUCCAAGAAACAAGACCAAGACAAGAACUACCAUCACCACCACAGUUUGUUCCCAAAUUUGAAGAACAAAAAUUAGAACCACAACAGCAGUUUGUUUCCAAUUUCCGAGAAACGAGACCAAGACAAGAACCACCACCAUCACAGUUUAUUUCGAAGUUCGAAGAACCAAAAUUAGAACCACAACAACAAUUCAUUCCCACUUUCCAAGAGCUUCCGCAACAAGAAGUACCACAGCAAACAUUUACUCCUAAUUUUGAGUCAUUGAGGCCAAAACCGGAAAGUCCACAAAACUUUGUUCCAAACUUCCAGGAAACAAAACCAAAACAAGAAUCGCAAGAAUCGUUUGUAGAAGUAAAACCCAAAUCAAAACCAAAAGUUCAAUCCUUGUCGUCAUCAACACAACUGCCACAACAAACGUUCAAUUUACCAAGUUCUACAGAACAAAUACAAACAUCAACGCCAUAUCCACCACCUCAUCAACCACCACUUUCUGUUUACAUGGAAAAACGUCUGGACAACCGAAUAAAUGAAGUUUUGACAAUUUUAAAGGACGCAAAAACUAUACCGGUGUUAGAUACGAUUGGAACUCGUUCACCCAAAGUGUUUGUUGGACCGUCUGAUCUUGAUGCACCAAGGGGAUACGUUAAAUUUGAACUUCCUUAUUUAUCUUCACUAGAUAUUACUAAAAUAGAUUCAAUGGCUGAUCGUUUACCAUUUUUCGUGGCACCACUUAAUUUCAAACCUCCAUUUGGUUAUUCUAAAAUCCCAUUCCCUCCGCCACAUAUAGGGUCGGUUGUUGUAUCUUCCAAGCCACAAUCAGUAGGUUCUACAACCGAGUUUGUUCCGUUCGCACUUACAUCUCAGUUACCAACCGAGGUGAAUUCAUUGCAACAAUCCGUAUCAAGUACCACACAGCGAGGAACAGAAAGAGCUCCAAUAACUAGUACUACUUCUUCUGCUACUAAACGAGGUCGACAGAGAAAACCGUUGCAUAGAGGGACAUUAUCUAGCUUUAGUACAAGUACACCGGUAAAUGAUGUCACAGAACGACAAAGAGAUCAAUUUACAACACCGGCAGAAUUACAACGAUUACCAGAAAUAUCUCCUUCGGUGAGCGAACAACCACAAUUUAUUGAAAGUACACCAACGCCAACAAGACAGAAAUUUUCACGAAAACCAGUUGAACAAACUACAGUAUUUGAAUCUACUCAAGCACCUAUACAAAAACAACAACAACAACAGCAGUUUGAUAAUUCUCAACCACAACAACAGCAAUUUGAUAAUUCGCAACAACAACAACAACAGCAAUUUGAUAAUUCACAACAACAACAACAGCAGCAAUUUGAUAAUUCGCAACAACAACAGUUCCUUUCCGAUCAACAAGUUCCACAACAACAACAAAACUUUUUAGAUACUUUACCUCAGCAACAAUUUUUCAACAAUCAACAACCAAGUCAACAAACGUUCUUUGAAAACCAACCGCAACCGAGUCAACAGCCGUUCUUUGAAAAUCAACAACCAAGCCAACAGCCGAUAUUUGAAAAUCAACAACCGAGUCAACAACCGUUCUUUGAAAAUCAACAACAAUUCCUUGACAAUCCUCCUCAGACUAUCCAGGAACAAGCAUUAAAUAAUGUUCAGCCGUCAGCGGGAAUAAAUAACGAAGGAGCUAAUCAGCAACAAUUCAUCUCUAGUUCGACUGAAAAACAAAUAUUUAAGAACUUUCAGCAAAUCCAACCGCUUUCUCAGUACCAAGUGGGAAACAACUUUUUGAACCAACAAUCGUCGUCGACGGAACAAGUUCAAGCGGCAUCCGACCCUCCACAAACCGUUUCGAACGAACCUCAAACAGCGGUAACAGAGGCUUCUACGGAAACACCGAAAUUAAGACAACGCCUAUCGUAUUACGAUAAAUUAUUGUUAUCGUCCACUCAAGUGCCGGUGGAAAUCACUAGCGCUAAUGUGGAAAGCAGUGAAAGACCUAGGGAACGACCAAAGUUAAGACCACGGCAAAGGUUGACUACGACCCGGAAACCGACGACAGAACUGUCGACUUCUGAAGAAGUAUCCGGACACGUGACGGAUGUUUCCACGCAGAGGUACAACCCUCUCAGAAGACGACGUCCAUCUACCACCACGACCACUACCGAACAAACAGAAACGACGGCUACGCGUAGUUCGUUGAGGUCGAGGACAACACAAUCAGGCCGAUCGGAGUACGUGCGGUCCAGGUCGAGGAGACCUUUGGCGACGACCACGACUUCCACCACCACCACCACAGAAGCCCCAGCGGCCGUCCAACAGCACGAGGACGUAAACGACGUGCAUUCGGCCACCGGCCAGGACGAACAGCGGAAAAUUGAGGAGGCAGCGUCGUUCUGGAACGAGCCGGUGACGAUCCAGCAAAGCCACAGCUACGAGCUGGACACGAGGUACACGCAGGCGCCGUCAUCGACGGGCAAGUACAGCAGCGGCGAGCCGCCCGCGGACGAGGAUCCGUCCAAGGAUAAAUUCGGCAACGAGAAGAAAGCCCACGACCCGAACAGCGAGAAGAAGGGACCGGGCCGCAGGGGCCAUUGGGUGCGCGUGCGCGUGAAGAAGCCGCAGGAUAACCUGGACACGGCGGAGUCGCAGAACUCGCUGGGUCCGCUGUCGGCAAACGCUAUCCGAGAACUGGCCACCAAGCCGACAGCCGAGUUCAAUGGCCCGUAUUCCUCGUCGGAACCCUCGGCUGAGGUGACCACGUUGACUGCGGCCACGAGCGCGGAGACCGACGCACCGACCGCUGCCCCGACCGUGACAACCACCACCACGUCAACGACAACUACGACCACGACCACGGCCAGCCCGCUGACGACGGUCGCAGUGCCAUCGCAGGACUACGCGGUGGAAGGCGUGACGGAAGAACGGCUGGCCGAGACCACUGUGGCCCCUCCGCCGCCGCCGCCGCCGUCCGCGUCGGCCGCGUCUAAGUAUCCGGACGACGAGCAGGAUGAAGCGUUCCAGCGCAAUCUGGCCGAUAUGUUGGCCAAGUUCAUCAGCGGUAACGGUGACCAGCAGCAGCAGCAGCACCAGCAGCAGCAGCAGCAACCGCAGCAAGAUGCGACCACCGCAGCGGCCGAUGAGACGACCGCGGAGACGGUGUUCGCGGGUGCGGACGUGGAGCUGACCACCGCUACAUCAGCUGCGGUCACGGAGUUACCGUCCACCGCGCCGGUCACGUCCACCACGACCAAAGUAUCCAUGGAGACUGAAAUAUGCUAUAAGGGGAGGUGCGUGAAAAGCAAAAAGAACAAACAGAUCACCGAUCUGAUGUCCGAGCCAUGAAUAAAACAAUAAACCUUAGCAAUGGUGUAACGAUAUAAUAAUAUUGUACACGUAAAACCGUAAUGUUAGGAAAGUGUGUACGUUUCAAUGUUACGCAUAUUUUAUGAUGUUUCGAUAUCGUUAAUCUGAAUUUUAAUCGAACAUUAGAAAAAAAUUUAAAAAAAAAAUUAAAAAAAUUAAAUAAAAAACUAAAAUAAAAAAAAACCAAAGAAACGAAACGGAUUUUCUGUGCCAACAUCUUGAAAAAAUAUUAUUUUGUACAUAUUUAUAUAUAUAUAAAUAUUAUAUUUACGUCUAAAUAUAAUAAUUUAGUCAAACUUAAAUAAUUAUAAUUUAUUAGUUGCGUGUACACGUUGAAAGAAAACUUAUUUAUACUGAAAUGCUCUGCGAUACGCUUCAUACCUACACAUAUAUUUAUAUGUAUAUUAUAUACUUAUCGAUUGUAA